UUUAGUAUUGACAUUACAAGUUUGAGCCAAAAUGGCGCUUGUGGCCACCUUUUCGUCCGCGUCUGUAAUCAACCCGAAAAUUGCUAGUCAGCUGACUGUGUGAUCCAGCGGCUGGCGGUGAAGUAGGCAGCAGUCGGACGUCGGCUGGUUUUAACAGGUGACACUUAAAGAUGGAGUUCUCAAAGCUUCCCAAAAUACGUGAUGAAGAGCGGGAAACUGCUUUUGGAUAUGUCCAUGGAGUCUCUGGACCUGUUGUCACCGCUUCCAACAUGGCUGGUGCUGCCAUGUACGAGCUGGUGAGAGUUGGCCACAGUGAACUGGUAGGAGAGAUCAUCCGUUUGGAGGGAGACAUGGCAACAAUUCAAGUCUAUGAAGAAACGUCUGGUGUUUCAGUUGGAGACCCUGUGCUCCGGACAGGGAAGCCUCUUUCAGUGGAGUUAGGACCUGGCAUCAUGGGAUCUAUUUUUGAUGGUAUUCAGCGUCCCUUAAAGGAUAUCAAUGACCUGACCCAAAGCAUUUACAUCCCUCGAGGAGUUAACAUUGGUGCCCUGAACAGAGAUAUUAAGUGGGAGUUUUCACCUUCCAAGAACCUCCGGGUUGGUAGCCAUAUUACUGGAGGGGACAUCUACGGUGUGGUUUUGGAGAAUUCCCUCAUCAGACAUAAACUGAUGCUUCCACCUCGCAACCGUGGCACUGUGACUUAUGUGGCUCCAGUUGGAAACUAUGAUGUCUCGGAUGUAGUGCUGGAGUUGGAAUUUGAAGGUGUCAAAGAAAAGUUUACAAUGGUUCAGGUGUGGCCUGUUAGACAAGUACGACCUGUCACAGAGAAGCUUCCAGCAAAUCACCCCCUACUGACAGGACAGAGAGUACUCGAUGCACUCUUCCCGUGUGUUCAGGGUGGUACUACUGCAAUUCCAGGAGCCUUUGGUUGUGGAAAGACAGUCAUCUCCCAAUCUUUGUCCAAAUACUCCAACAGUGACGUGAUUAUCUAUGUAGGCUGCGGGGAGCGUGGCAAUGAGAUGUCUGAAGUACUGCGCGACUUCCCUGAGUUGACAAUGGAGGUUGAUGGAAAAGUAGAGAGCAUUAUGAAGAGAACAGCACUAGUGGCCAACACCUCCAACAUGCCUGUGGCUGCCCGUGAAGCAUCUAUCUAUACAGGUAUCACACUGUCUGAAUAUUUCCGAGACAUGGGCUACAAUGUCAGUAUGAUGGCUGACUCCACUUCACGCUGGGCAGAAGCUCUUCGUGAAAUCUCAGGUCGACUGGCUGAGAUGCCUGCAGAUAGUGGUUAUCCUGCCUACUUAGGUGCACGUCUAGCCUCUUUCUAUGAGCGUGCAGGCCGAGUGAAAUGCCUUGGCAACCCUGAGCGAGAGGGAAGUGUCAGCAUUGUUGGAGCUGUCUCUCCUCCUGGUGGUGACUUCUCUGAUCCUGUGACUUCAGCAACUCUUGGUAUUGUACAGGUUUUCUGGGGGUUAGAUAAGAAACUGGCCCAGAGAAAGCACUUCCCUUCAGUCAACUGGCUGAUCAGUUACAGCAAAUACACACGUGCCCUUGAUGAAUACUAUGACAAACACUUUCCAGAGUUUGUCCCUCUGCGCACAAAGUCAAAAGAGAUCCUCCAGGAGGAAGAGGACCUGGCAGAAAUUGUGCAGCUUGUUGGAAAGGCUUCCCUUGCUGAGACUGAUAAAAUCACUCUUGAGGUGGCUAAACUAAUAAAAGAUGACUUCCUGCAACAAAAUGGAUAUACUCCAUAUGACAGGUUUUGCCCAUUCUACAAGACUGUUGGCAUCUUAUCAAACAUGAUUUCUUUCUAUGACUUGGCAAGGCAUGCAGUUGAGACAACUGCCCAGAGUGAUAAUAAGAUUACUUGGGCUAUUAUCCGGGAGCACAUGGGAGAAAUACUGUAUCGAAUAAGUUCAAUGAAAUUUAAGGACCCAGUGAAAGACGGAGAAGCUAAAAUUAAAGCUGACUAUGCUCAACUACUUGAAGACAUGCAGAAUGCUUUCCGCAGCCUGGAAGAUUAGAAAAGUCCUCCAACAUCAGAUGCUUCUAGUGUCCCGUUCCCAGCUCUUUCCCAACACACGCAAUUGUGCUCAGUUAUUGUAGUUGUGUUUUUUCCCCUCUAUAGCUCUUAAGCCAGUUCUACAUUCCUGUUUUGUGAAAGAUUAUGUUGUAUGUUUUUUCUUUUUUUUAUAUAUAUAUUUUUGGUCAAGCUUGAUGUCUGAACUUGAAAUGCUUUUGAAACCCAUGCAUUGCCAGUUUUCUUUCAACUGAUAUAGCAGGGCUCAUUGAGGUCAAGGGCCAUUUUGGCUGCUUUAGUAUGGAUUGAACCUGUGAAGCCAAUUUCUUCACCAAGUAAAAUAGUUCUUGGAAACAGGCAUUUUCUGACAUCAAGCUUGUAACAUGCUUUAAUUUGUUAUCCUCUAUCAGUGUACUUUUAUUCAGAAGAUUUGUCUGAGGUGUGACAAUUCAUUGUGGAAGCCAAGUCGGGGACCAAGUCAGACACCCAGCAAAGACACACCCAGACUCAUCUGCACACACUGCUUUACUGAAAUGUCCAGAAAAGCAGACCAGGCUGAAUCAUGGACCUGCACUCUACCUUCCAGUUUGACAUGGUGGUGAUUUGACUUUUAGUUUUUUUUU